CACCCACGAAGAAGAAGAAGAAGACACCACAAUGACUGAUCCAAACCAAUCUUCUUUCAUUUUAGACUUCGACUCUAUUUAUGAAGAGCUCAACUUCACUUAUAACUACACGGAGUUCAUCGUGGACCCGGAGACGCAGCCCUGCAACAGCUUCUCCAUCCCGGACGCGCUGUCGGUGGGUGUCAGCGUCUUCUACGCGCUCAUCUUCCUGCUGGCCAUCCCCGGGAACCUGGUGGUGGGGCUGGUGAUCGGCAUGACCAAGCAGCCGCUGCCCCCCUCCGACCUCUACCUCCUCCACCUGGCGGUCGCAGACCUCCUGCUGGCCUUCACGCUCCCGUUCUGGGCCACCGCCGUCACCAAGGGCUGGGUGUUCGGAGACGCCGUGUGCAAGAUCGUCACCGUCCUCCAGGAGCUGAGCUUCUACUCCAGCAUCCUCUUCCUGACCUGCAUCAGCAUGGACCGGUACAUGGUGAUAGUGAGAGCGAUGCAAGCCCGCAAGGCCAACAGACAGCGCGUCAGCUGGGGGGUCUGCGCGGCCGUGUGGCUCGUCGGUGCGCUCCUCUCUCUGCCGGGGUUUUUCAAUUCCACGUUCUGGUCCCGUACCUCCUCACAGACCGUGUGCAGGGAACAGUACGACCCCGCCACCGCGGAUGAGUGGCGGCUGGCCACCAGGAUUCUCCGGCACACUUUGGGGUUCUUAAUCCCCUUGGCCAUCAUGCUGCCCUGCUACGGAGUGACCAUCCGCCGCCUCCUCCACCUCCGCGGCGGCUUCCAGCGGCAGCGGGCCAUGCGGGUGAUCGUGUUCGUGGUCGUCGCCUUCCUGCUCUGCUGGACGCCGUACCACUUGGCGGUGAUGGCGGACACCUUCUUCCGGGCGAAGAUAGUGCCCUACAGGUGCCCGGCGAGGAUGGCGGUGGAUCAAGCCAUGUUCGGCACCCAGAGCCUGGGGCUGCUUCACAGCUGUGUCAACCCGGUGCUGUACGCCUUCGUCGGGGAGAAGUUCCGGAGGAGGUUGUUCCAGAUUAUAAGGAAGAUGGGUUUAAUGGAUAGGACAACAUCUGUGACGAGAAGCAGCAGGUCCUCUCUGUCUUCAGAAAUCACAUCCACAUUCAUGUGAGAGCAGCAAAGAGACACUGCUGGACAACAAAGUACUUAUUUUUGAUACUUACCUGCAGCUCUAUUUGGUGGACUUGAAAAAACAAACAAAAAAAAAAACAGUUGAAAACAUUUGAAGAUUUCAUUUUUUGUAAAUCUAUUUUUUCAUGCUUUGCUCCAUUUCAUAAUUUAACCCUGUUAAGUUGUACAUAGCUAAUUCCCAUUUUUAUUAUUUUUAUACAUUUAAAUGACAUUGUUGGCGGGAGAUCUCAGAUUUCCUGUAAUUGUUGUGUAUAUGUUCGUAAUCUUGGUUUCAACCCUGUGUGUACCAAAGAAAUGCUGUUUUAAGUUAAGCUAUAACCAGAAGAAUAAAAAAAAGUUGCGGUUACUCAGUGAAAUCCCCUGUCCUCUUCUGAGGAAACUGUGCCAAACAUGUUGCUCAGUUUCAAUUUAAAAUGUGAACAUUUCAACAGUAACACAAUAUCACAACACAUAAAGACAAAACAUCCCCUGAUGAACACAUUGAGAUGCAGCUGGAAAAAAAACUGAGAAAGGUACAAUUAGACCUUGAGACAAUUCAGCAUUAGAUAGGGAAAUAUUUGACCAAUGUCAAUUCUUCAGUA